AGACCCCUAUAAAGGGGCGGAGCGAUUUUAUCCAAAGGAAGUAGGCUAAACGAAAUAUGGAAGUAUGGAAACUGAAAUCAAAAUGUAGCGUUUUGGAUUCUGUUGGCUACUUCUUUUUUCUUCACAGAAAAACAUCAUGCGUUUUUAAAAUGGAUGGAUGUACCACAACCUUUCAUGAUGUAUUUUAAUCGACGUUCAGUAAUAGGCUCACGCACAUCGUAAUCUUAACAAAGACUAUAUAUCUGGACUUUUCUUUUUGUAUCCCAUCUUGAAAAUGUAAAGCGAAAACGAUGCUAACAUAACAGUUAUAAUAUUGAUAGCACCAUUAACUGUAUUCCUCGAAAUGGUCUUUGUUUGUUUUAAACGUAUUAAGCAACUUUUAAUAUCUGCUUCGACUUUCAUUUCAUUUUCAUUUUGAAAAAAAGCAGAUGAGCAAACUCGCUUUACUAAAUCAUGAGAAGUUUGAUCGGAUAUGUAGGGAACUGUGAAUAUGAUUCAUGAAUCUCUUUUCCUCUGCCUAUGGGAUUUGGCUCUCACAUGGUGUGAUUGGUGAUACAGAUGAAGUGAAGUCAGUAUCAGUGAUGGAGGGAGAUUCUGUCUCUCUAAACACUGGUGUCUCUGAAGUGCAGAGAAAUGAUCUGAUACUGUGGAUGUUUAACGUUAACAAUUCAGACACUCUUAUCGCUGAAAUCCACAGACAGAACAUCUAUAUAGAUGACAGUGUUGUGAGAUUCAGAGACAAACUGCAGAUGGACAGUCAAACUGGAUCUCUGACCAUCAGAAACAUCAGAACUGAACACACUGGACUUUAUAAACUACAGAUCAUCAAAGCUGGGGUCACAUACAAGAGUUUUUCUGUUGCUGUCUAUGGAGACUCCUCUUCCCGUUCCUGUCAUCACCAGAGACACUUCAAACUGUUCAUCAUCAUCAUCAGGUUCAUCAGUGUCCAGAUGUGUGCUGCUGUGUUCAGUGGUGAAUGUGGGUCAUGUGACUCUCUCCUGGUACAAAGGAAACAGUUUAUUGUCCAGCAUCAGUGUGUCUGAUCUCAGCAUCAGUCUCUCUCUUCCUCUGGAGGUGGAAUAUCAGGAGAAAAACACCUACAGCUGUGUGAUCAACAAUCCCAUCAGCAACCAGACUCAACAUCUGGACAUCAGUCAGCUCUGUCACACGUGUGCAGCACAGACCCGACAUUCAUAUUUGAAUCUAAUGAUAAUAGUCAGUGUGUGGCUGUUGGUGUUCAUGUCUGCUGUUAUGCUGAUGUACUGCUGCUGCAGGAAACUGUGUCGAGCACAACAAAAGGAUCUGACAAACAUAGAACAGCAAAAAAUGUCAGAAUACACACAGAUCAUCUACUGCCUUCAGAAGCAAGAUCUGCCAGAGAUAGGCUUGCUGGAUGUGGACAGAACAGAGACAGCUGUGAACUAUCGACACACAGCACAGUGAAGCUCAGUUUAUGAUUAACUGAACAUCUCGGGAAAUGUUUGUCCUGAAGAAGACCUCCUGUGUUUCUGAUCGUCGACCAGAAGUCCUCAUGUUUGAGCAGAUUCUUCAUGAUGAUUCAUUGUCUGCGAUGCUGAAGGAUUCAAAUGAGAUGAGCAGAUGUGCAGAUGAUUCAUGGAUGUUUGAUGGUGGACUUCUGUAGAUUACUGCAGUUAUUAUUUGAUCUGAAUUUACAGUUAAAGUGGAGAGAAGAACAUCAAGAUGAACAUUAAUCAGUGUAAGAUGACCUGUACAACAACAUUGUUUGGAAAAUAAUUACAAUUCCAUUUCCAGUUUCACUAAACCUGCUCAGAAUGAGCUCAAGAUUAAAUAUGUGAUUUAUCUAAUAUAUAAUUAAGUUUUUAAAUAUCUUUUUUUUUUUUCAUGCCUUCUCACCAUUAAACCCUCAUAUAAAAUGUU